AUACAUAAUCAAAUUAAUAUCAUGCCCAAUUCCUUUACCAUUAAAACUUCAAAAACUACACUUCUCCUUCACCGGCGCCGGCGUCUUUACCGGAGCUCCGACAUGUCCCCUCUAUUUGCAGUUUUCUCUCUAAUCAUACUUAUAAUCAUUCCGACUAUCAUAUACGCUCUCAUCUAUGCGAUGAAAUACCCGGAUAACAUUUCCCGGCGAAGCUCCGGCGAAAAUUCCGGCGAAUCCAAAACGCGAAUUACAUAUCAUACUACGGAUAUGAUAUCGACUAUAAAGUAUGAGAAAAAAACUUCGCCGUCGCCGGAGGAGGAUUCCGGCAAUGAGUGUCCGGUGUGUUUGACGGCGUUUGUUGACGGAGAAGAAGUUAGACAGUUGAUGGCGUGUAAACAUAUGUUCCAUUUUUCUUGUAUUGAUAAAUGGCUAAGUUCAAAAUCCAGUUGUCCUGUUUGCCGUGCUUUCGUUACCGUUAAACGGCCAAAACGGCCGGCGGUGAAUUUCGAUGAUGAUUUCCGGCAAGGUUUGCCGGAUGCUGCUUCGUUAGUUUGAUUCUUAUACUUCAUUUACAUUUUAUUUCAACUGAAUUUAUUACUUUCAAUUUGAAUUAUGUUAUGUAUAUACAUGAAGAAUUACAAUAUUUAUGUAUAUAUUUAGAAUUUAGUGACUUCAAAUCUUGAAUUCGUUUU